CUUUUAAUACUCACUGGAAAAAUGAAAUGUAUCAAAAGGCAGUAUGGUCUUAAGGACUGUAUUAGCGUUUCAAAGUCUGAAAUCCAGAAACUAGAAAUGUGAAAAUUAGCUGAUUUUCACACAUGCAUUUGCUCAUUGAGCAUAAUUUUCAUACAAAAUUUGUAAUCCAAAUAUAGGUCAGACUUUCUGCUGACCUUAUAAGCAGAUGUCUUCUGGAAAACAUAUUUACUCAAAACUAAAAGUCCCAAGGAAUUUGGGCCUUUUAAAAGUCCCAUACAUGCUUUACAGUUAAGUAAUAGUGACUUAGAGGGACUCCACUUUUCAUAUUUGUUUUGCAUCUGUUGUGAUGAGUCUUCUUUUUCUGUAAAGUAGCUCUCAGGUUCCAGAUCUACUGUCAGCUUGUGGAGACAGUACAUCUUGCAUGUAGAUAAGAAGUGUGCCAAAUCAUCCUGUAUUAUUAAAAUGUUGAGAACUAGGAAUUGUAUAUACGAAGCCACUCAGGUCAAGUUUGCAACAUAAGCUUUUCCAUCCACCAGAAAUACUGGAAAAUCAUGAAGUGAGACUUUUGUUCAAAGUAGUGGAGAAGUUUGCUGUCUCUGUACGUGUGAAGCUUGGUAAGAGCUUUAAGCCAUUACCGCAGUAGGGAAAAAUUAGUUAUAACUCUGUCCUACUGCAUAAGGAACACACCAUAAUCUUUUUGUUAAACACUUAAGUCUUUCUUACUUGUCUUAGAUCUCACAGAACUUUAAUACAAAUUAGUGACAGUGGAAUGAGAUGUGAGGAGAGCAAAACAAAGCAGCAGGUUUCUGAUUGUCAGAAUCACCCUUUUCUGCUUGUCUGCCCACUUUUAAUUGCCCAUUGUUCUGUGUAUGAUAGAAAUGAGUCUUAAAGAUUAUUUCACCUGAUUUUAUCAUUUACACAUUUCAAGUGCUGCAUAUAUGUUUCUCAUCUACAGGUUUCUGAAAAAUGCCUUGCAAAUAUAUAACCAUUUAAAAAGAUGGAUUUGCGUUAUGGUGUAAUGGUAAACCAGCAAAGGCACAGAAGCAUGGAGAGCAAACUUUGGGGGAGAUGUGAAGCAAGCUUCUUUAGCAAUGGUUCUGAAAAGAAACAGGCUUCACAUUCAAAUUUGAACAGGAGAACCAAGCUUCACAGAUCAGUAAAAGUGUGCACAGUAUUUCCCACUCUGAAAAAUCUAAUUGUGAUUUAACAGAAAUGUUUAGUAUUUGAAAACCACACUUUGUUUAAUUUCAAACUGGGCUGCCAGAGUUGCUCUUUUGCAUGUGCUUUGCUGUUGAGUGAUUUUCAUAUUCAGAAAUGAAGUCCACUUACUCUCAGUAGUUUCCUACAAAGAAGGUCUUGGUACUGGCCCUUUUUUUUCUUUUUUUUUAGGUAAACAAAUGGUCACUCAGUUUUGACUGUUGGGUUUUAGGUUAGUUGUAGCACUACAGAAAGAAGCAAAACUAUGUCAGGUAUCACAGGUAUCACAAAUUGUGCAGAGCUGGGAUUUUUUUUUUCAAUACAGUAAUCCAUUAUGGCACUGAAUAUUUGUGACAUUCAGUCUGGUUUGGAAUAGUAAUCUUUAUUUCUCUCUGAGACAGUACUUUCUUAUCACAUUCUGCCUUUCCUUCCUACUGCACAGAACUCAUUCUAUUACUGAUAGCUCAAGUUUGCAACUUCUCUCUGAUUGAAUUAUGGUCCUAAUCAUCCAGUUUAUGCCUGUGCAUCCUGGUAAUUAGUACAGGAACACAAAAUUACAUUACAACAAAAAGCAGGGAAGAUAGUACACUGUUUGUACCCUGAAUUGCUGAUUUGCCACUUCUACUUCAGUCUGUGGAACCUACUUCCACAGUUUCUUUGGUGAAGGUUUCAACUGUAGUAGUGCAAUUGUCAGCAAAAUACAGUGUAUCACCCAUAAUAAAAACUAAUAUUCGUGACUCAUUCAUAAUCCCAGUAUAUACUUUGAAACUUGCUUCAGGCAAGUACUGUACAGAAUAAUACUUAUUAAAAAGGGUAUUGCAAACAGAAUGAGGGUAUUUUGAUGCAUGGCCGUGCCUGCAGCCACUUGACUGGAUGCUGAUCUACUCUCUCCUGGGAAAACAGCUGUUGAGAAUGAAAGUUGUACUGAACACGCUUCAUCCAUGAUUGCACUGAUCUGAGAAAUUUGUACCUCCGUAGGUCGGUAAGGGACAACUGUUACAGGAAGACCAUGUGCUCUAGUGUGGAUCUUCAGUUGUGUUUAUUAAGUGCUUUGAAUGGGGAUCGAUAAUGAAUUGUCACUUGGCUGUAAACUGUCAAUCCACUUAAACCAGCUUUGAUUAAUUUUAAAUAUUAGGGGAGGGAGGGUGUUGUAUAUAAUCUUCCAAAAAGGCAGCCAGGCAUAAUUUUAAAAUUGUCCUUUACGAACUUAGACCUUGCCUAUUCAGCUACAACUUCUGCUACCCAGUUCUAAUUACACAGGUUGAAUUUCCCUGCCCUGCGAAUACAUGAAUGUAAAGCAGCAGUCACUAGAGAAUUAUAUUUAAGUAGGCUGUCUCUGGGGUAUGUUGUAGAUGGGCAGCCUGCCUCCUAGUCUUCCAGAAGUGCCGAUGUGGGGAGGCGAGGAAUGAACGCCCGGUUGCCCAGCCGCUGGCUUGGUGCGUAGGGAGGCGGAAGAAGCAGCGCAGUACUGCGUGAGGCUCCCGUGGGCGAGUGGGGUGGUGCGGUACCUCACCUGGGAGGAGCUCUGGCGGGAGGAGCUCUGGCGGGAUCUCGGGCGGAGCUCAGCGCUGCCGCCGUCCUGCCCCGCUGUUCCCGCCGUUCGCCGGCAGGGCCAUCUCGCCCCGAGCGCUGUCGGCCCCGGUCGAUCCCGUGCGGUCCCAGCUCGGCCUCCUGGUGCGAUGGAGGCCGAAGAGCUGAUGGUGCUGUUCAGGGACGACUCGGUGGAGGUGCAUCACGCGGAGGGGUCCCGCCUGCUGCUGUCUCCGUGCGGCUGCGAGUACCUGGAUGAAGGGGCGCUCCGCGCCGCCGCCAGCCCGCUCCAGCCGGCGGAGACCGCCCGCCAGUGCCUACAGGGUAUGGGACGGGCAUCGCCUUUGGGGAGGGCAGCGGAACAACUUCUACGAGCUGUAGAUUUCCGGAACAAGUUUUCUUCUCCCCCGUAAUUACCUUCUCGCCUUAUACCUCCAGAGAGAAAAAAGAUUCUUUUCAGUGAUAUCUUGGAAAUUAGAUGGCCUGACCCUGCAACAGCUGGUCUGACAAGAUGUAUAGACAAUGGCAGUGUGAAGAUCUCAUCUGUAGAUGGCUAUGCUCACCUUUACCUGUCAGAAUUGCAGCAAGAAUUUACAGUGGAGUUCUUAUGCAAAGUCAGCCAGUCAUCUGCAGCAUCCUUACGCUCCUCUUAAAAGUACAGAGACUAUCAAAAUGGAGAUCAGCAUGGAAAACCAAGUAGUAACUCUGUUACAGAAAUGUUGUUGAAACAAACAAGAAUGGCGAAUAAGAAAAAUUAACAUGGUUGUGCUGAAGGUAAAUAUAGAGAACCAACCAAACUAAAGGACCGAGGAGACAGAGAUGGAGACCCAUUGUGCUACACCAGUUGUUCUUCUGAAUACACAUGGGUUACACAGUGUUGGUCUGUUUCCUCCUGUCCCGAAGAAUGGAAAUAUCCUUUGUCUUUGGCACUGAUGUGCUGUAACUUACAUACUGUUAAGAACGUAAUGAAGCCAUGUGGGAAAAAUAACCACACACCUAUCAAGGCUGAUGUUGUAACAGACCCUGAAACACAUGAAACAGUUUCUUGUUUACCUACAGCUUUGCCCCUCAGCUGCAGAGCCCCACAUUUACACAGGUAGACUUUCUGUGACUUCUUUCAGAAUGAAGACACUGAAAACUAUUCAUGCCCUCAGCUAAUUCAAGUUGUAUGGUGCCAGGGUGUUUUUUGUAGAUUUAUCCAUGGUAGGACAAACAUCACAGAAAUUUAUCCUGGUGAUGACUCAUUUUUCAAGUCAGAGGGAGCAUUUUUUGGAAAAUAUUUCAUACAUUAUGCAGUCCAAAAAGGAACAAAAAAGCCUUUAACUCAUAGUCAGAUGUCGUUACUCAUGGAAGAAAAAAUGUAUUCAGUGAACAGUCUUCCUCCUGAUGUACCAGGAAAUCCAUACUUUAUAUCCUCCAUUAUUACUCAGGCAACCAAAAUACUUCAUUAUUGCUGCAAGACAAAACUGUUAUUAAGUCAUAACUAUCAUCUCUGCUGCUGGAAAGUGGUACCUGAGACAGAUGGAUGAGAAAUGUUGCUAGUUUUGCUGUAUGAAAAGAUUAUUCCCAACAUGGGAAGACUCGUUGUGUACUCGGAUCAUAAAGUCCAUGCUGCUUUUUGGGAUGGGUUGACCCUGAAUGUGGUUUGGGAUUUCAGCUCCUCCUCUAGUGAGAUCCAGAUAAAUGAAGAUAUAGGCUGGUGUAAGUUAACUACUCCUGAUGGGGUACAGCAGUUAAUACAAAUAAGUCAUCCUGGAGUCUAUGAAAGGUACAUCAGAACAGCAAUAGAAUGGUGCAGAAGUUUGAGUGAAAGCAAAGAGAUUGCUGAAUAUACUGCGCACUCUGUAACUGAAGAAAACUGGUCUGCUGAUGCUGAGCUCAAAAAAAUACAGAGAUUUAAUUUUUUAUUAGACAGUAGCAAUGUUCCGGAGAGGAAGAAUGCUGCAAAAUCCAAUCCGUCUGGUAUCGCUGUCAGAAAAAAUGAAAGCAGGAGUGAUUCGAAAGAACUCAGUGUCAGGUGUGUCUUGAAAGCUUUGGAGAAAACUUCUAAAGUCAUUCAGGAUAUUGAACCUCUGCUUGCAGCUUCUGGGAAGUGAAGCUUCAUAGCAGAUGAAGACCUGUGUUCCGUGUCCUCGUAGGAGCUGUCCCAGCUGUGUCUGAGGGAGCUCUGAGGGGCGACAGGAAGGCUGAAGUCGCCAUUGUAACACCCGUGAAGUCUGUGAGCUGCCACUGUAAUGUCAGUAACAGUGCCAGUGGUUUAUUUGGUAUAGACAAAGAGAACAGGUGAAAUAGUAGAGCACAGCUGUAUAAAUACAUCAAGGCUGACCUGACCUCGCUACUUUUAAAUGUAUGAAGUUGUGUUUGAAUCAAGUGAUUUUAUAGAACAACUUAGUGAACUGCUGAACUGACUAGGGUAGGGAUAGGCAGUUUUAAUUGUAAAAAACGUGCUUUUAUUCAGAAGCUUACCCAGUCCAAUAAAAUGUUUCCCAAAUGCUUUA